GUCCCUAUCGUCCUUCUUCCAUAAACGCAAACCCGCUUUGGAAAGUGAGCUGUGUGUUCCAAGCAGGGAAACCGAAAAUUCUCUCUGGUAUUCUACACCCGCUCGCAGACACGACGUUGAGAUUCUUCCCGGAACACUGUCCUCUAAGGAGAGCAGAUAUUUGUUAUCAAAUGGUUUCGAUGAUUUUCAGCGACUGUUCGUCCUCCGCGACCGCCCGGCUCCUCCCGUUGAGCCGCCAACACGGCGUCGUUUCUCUUAGCCGGUUAGCAGUGGGACGUCUCCAUGUGGGACCCCCUGGCCGCUGCUCUCCGAGUUCGAGAACCCUCACUCUUCACUCCUCUACUUCACCAUCUCCAGUCGUCACCGCAUCAACGGCUACUGAAGCAUCUGCUAAAGUGAUUGAUGGAAAAUCAGUUGCAAAGCAAAUCAGAGAUGAGAUAACUGCUGAAGUAUCUAGAAUGAAGGAUGCAAUAGGUGUUAUUCCUGGAUUAGCGGUUAUCCUUGUUGGGGAUAGGAAGGACUCUGCAACUUAUGUACGCAAUAAGAAAAAAGCUAGUGAGUCAGUGGGGAUUAAUUCUUUUGAGGUGCGUUUGCCAGAAGAUUCCACAGAGCAAGAAGUUCUCAAGUUUAUCUCAGACUUCAAUGAUGAUCCCUCAGUUCAUGGAAUCCUUGUUCAGUUACCUCUGCCUUCUCAUAUGAAUGAGCAGAACAUCUUAAAUGCUGUUAGCAUUGAGAAAGAUGUGGACGGAUUUCACCCACUGAACAUUGGCCGUCUAGCUAUGCGGGAUAGGGAACCCUUGUUUGUUCCAUGCACACCAAAAGGAUGCAUAGAAUUGUUGCACAGAUAUGACAUUGGUAUCAAAGGCAAGAGGGCAGUUGUAAUUGGCCGGAGCAAUAUUGUUGGAAUGCCAGCUGCUCUACUGCUACAAAGGGAAGAUGCUACCAUCAGUAUUGUCCAUUCAAGAACCAAGAACCCUGAGGAGUUCACAAGACAAGCAGAUAUUAUUAUUUCAGCUGUAGGCCAGCCAAAUAUGAUUAGGGGCAGCUGGAUAAAGCCUGGUGCAGUGAUUAUUGAUGUUGGGAUUAAUCCAGUUGAGGAUACCAAAAGCCCUCGAGGUUACCGUUUGGUUGGAGAUGUCUGUUACGAGGAGGCCUGCAAGAUUGCUUCAGCUAUUACUCCAGUUCCUGGUGGAGUAGGUCCAAUGACAAUAGCAAUGCUUCUCUCAAAUACUCUCACCUCAGCAAAGAGGAUCCACAACUUCCAAUGAAUUUUUCUGAAUUACUGUUACAAGGAAAGAUGCCUCGUUCACAAAUUCAGUUCAUCUCAGCAUUGGUUGUUUACAUUUUUGAAAUGAAUUAUAUUAGAGUCUCUAGAUGAAGUCAAUAGGCGGCAUCGUCCCUUGGUUUAUAAAUGAUGUUGAUUAUGCAACCACGCAAGCGCUGGUUUCAUGGGAGGCUUGGGACUUUGCAAACAUGGUGAUUAGGUUAUUGCAUCUGAAGUGAAAAUCGGCAUUUAUCGGCUAUCAUCUACCCUUAAACAGGAGUGGAAUGGUGUUUAGAGAUUGCUACCAUGAGAACUAUCUGUUACAUUUGAUCUUACUGUAAUUGGUUUGACCCUGGAACCAACUAAAAGUUAUAUGCUAUGUCCGAUGCUUAAAUUUUGAAUUAUAGUUUUCUGAGCCUCGUGAGGCUCAGAAAACAGAGAAUGUUGAUGAUCAUUUUACUUUC